AUUAUAGCCUGCAACGGAUUGCCGAAACGCACCUCAAGCCUAUACGUCCAACUCCGAACCCGUCACGUCCCAUUGAACCAGCACUUGCACCGCAUCAAUCGAAGUGACACGCCUCAUUGCCCUAUAUGCCCUGGAAUCAACGAAACCAUCCAUCAUCUACUCUUCGACUGCCCUCAAUACCAACACGAACGGCAUAUACUCGUGAAUGCUCUUCGACGCGAUGCGACUUCAUUAGCAUACCUUCUCACGUCUGAAAAGGCCAUCCCGCACCUUAGCCGGUUCAUCAACAGCACAGGAAGAUUCAAACCAACAUUCGGCGUACUAUGA